AUGUCGAACAGCUUUUCCUCAGAUGCAAGCUUGUCGUCUUCUUCCUUUUUGGUAACAGAGUCGAUGGUUCGAGGCGACGACUGUAGUAUUGCCUCCAGCGUUCCUCCAAUAGUGACUCCAGUGCGAGCUACGAUGGAUCCAGUCCCUACGGCGGUGCAUGUGGAAACAGCGAAGGUUUCAAUCAAGCGCCGUUUCGACAGCAUGAACUAUUGUAUUGAAGAAGCUAUCAAGGCAUCCAAGCAUCAAUACGAUGCAGGGCCCUCCGGGUUGUAUCUGGAGGUGGCACGUGGCUCGACAAAGCGUCGAUUCGAUUUCGCCACCGAAAACGCCAAAAAAAAAGAAUUCUACAUGCAGGACCGUCAGCCAUACUACGAACAAGCCGAGCUCCAAAAAAUUGUAAAGCCCAUUCCUGUGUACGCCACUAAAGAAGGGCAGGCGCAUCUUGUUGCUCUAAUCGAAGCAGGCGACAUGAAGCCUCGACCUUCUCGAGCGACUCCGGCAUCACUUUUUCACCAACGAGUCGUGGAAUGGGAAACAACGCAGCCAUUCCAAACCGAGGUGAUUCACGACGAGCAGCAUGAAAACGCCUCUCUUCUCAACGGUUCUAUCCAUUCUAUCGAACUCUCGGAUGAUGAAGACGAUGUCGAUUCACUAUACGAUCCCCUGGAGAUUUUCGACGAUGCAGCGCCGGAUCUACCACUUUUGGAAGUGGACGGUCAUUUCAUCCAUACCAUGGCCGGACAAAUGGAUUUUAACCAUCCACUACUUUUUGCUGGCAACCAGGCUGCGGCGUCAUUAAUUCGAUACAAUGGUAACUGCAACAACGAAGAUGUCAGCCUCCCCAUACUAGCCAUCCCCAAAGUAUGGGACGCGAAAGACUUGCUCUAUUCGGUGCGAUCCAAUCGCGGCAGUCACGUACAUGAGUCCUCAAAGUUUACCGACAAAUUUCAGUACUGUCAAUCGGGACAACGGCUGUACAACCGACGCUCUCGUGGUUUGCCUCCGCUCUAUGCCGUUUGA